AUGCCUGACGCACAGAUCUUCAAGGCUACUUACAGCGGGAUCCCGGUCUAUGAGAUGAUGUGCAAAGGGGUCGCGGUGAUGAGACGGCGCUCAGAUUCAUGGCUUAACGCGACGCAGAUACUCAAAGUCGCUGGCUUCGACAAGCCCCAACGAACCCGCGUGCUUGAACGCGAAGUGCAGAAAGGAGAACACGAAAAGGUGCAAGGAGGUUAUGGGAAAUACCAAGGCACAUGGAUCCCUCUGGAACGAGGCUUAAGUCUAGCAAAGCAGUACAACUGUGAAGCUCUUUUGCGUCCUAUAAUCGAAUUUCAACCUGCAGCCAAAAGCCCUCCUCUUGCCCCGAAGCACCUAGUGGCAAAUACUGUCAGUCGACCUGCGCGUAAAGCAGCAGCAGGAGAUCAAAGCGGUCCUAAUGCCAUAGUCAACACGAGGUCUUCCCGCAGGCAAACGGCAGAUGCGAUAGACGAAGACUCAGAUCACGACACGCUCUCGGUUCGUGGCUCAGAAGACGGUUCCAUGACCCCGUCUCCUUCAGAAGCGUCAUCAAGCUCACGCACACCUUCACCAAUACGCAGUCCAGGUCCGUCUCAUGCAUCGAACGGCCUUGAUGACAGACACUCAAAUGUCCGUCGAAAUAAACGCCGUCCUUCAGCUGGACCUGAGGGUGAAGCAGAAGAUGCUCGGUCUUAUGCCGAUCAAGUCCUCGAAUACUUCAUUUCCGAUACGAACCAGAUACCACCCAUUCUUGUCAACCCUCCCCCUGACUUCGACCCCAAUAUGGCCAUUGAUGAUGACGGCCACACUCCUCUUCACUGGGCUUGUGCAAUGGGACGCAUUCGCAUUGUCAAAUUGCUCUUGACAGCUGGGGCCGACAUCUUCAAAGUUAACAAAGCAGGACAGACAGCCCUUAUGCGCAGCGUUAUGUUUGCGAACAAUUAUGAUGUCCGAAAGUUCCCAGAACUAUACGAACUCUUACACAGGUCGACUCUCAAUAUCGACAACUAUAAUCGCACAGUCUUCCACCAUAUCGUCGACGUGGCGAUGUCCAAGGGGAAGACACAUGCAGCACGCUACUAUAUGGAAACUGUCCUUACUCGUCUCGCAGAUUAUCCCAAAGAACUGGCAGACGUUAUCAAUUUCCAGGAUGAAGACGGCGAAACGGCCUUAACGCUAGCAGCGAGGUGUCGAAGCAAGAGACUGGUGAAGAUACUCAUCGACCACGGUGCAAAUCCAAAGAUCAUGAACAAUGAUGGGAAGAGCACCGAAGAUUAUAUUCUGGAAGACGAACGGUUCCGUUCCUCACCUAUGCCACCCUCUCGCGUGGCCGCCAUGUCAUACAGAAAUGCGCACGCCGCAUUCCCUCCUCCGGCCGCGCCACUAGGGCACUCUUUUGCUCCUGCAAAUGGUGACAAACCACCGCUGCAUCAUUCUGUCGCUGGCCAGAAAGCUAGUACACGUUGUGUGAACGAUAUUGCGGCGAUGAUGGACAGCUUAGCGGCUUCCUUCGAUCAGGAGCUGAGAGAUAAAGAACGCGACAUGACCCAGGCACAAGCCCUCCUGACGAACAUUCAAGCAGAAAUACUCGAGAGUCAACGAGCUGUCGCCCAAUUGAAAUCUCAAGCAGAGGGCCUGCAUCAGACUAAAGAGCUUCUACAGGAGCUGGAAGCCGGCCUCCUUGACAAGAUGGGUCGCAGGUAUCGACUAGGCUGGGAGAAAUGGAUCAAGGACGAAGAAAUGCGCGAAAGGGCCAUUCGUGAUGCUGCCAACGGUGAAUUGGCCUUGAUGCCCACCACGUCAACUCUGGAAAUUGACGAGGACGGCGACAUGGACGUAUCAUCUGACGGCGAAAAGGCGAAGGGCAAACGGAAAGCAACCAUCGUGGAGCAAGUCACAGACUUGGUCGAGCUACACGCCGAUGUCCCAAGUAAUCUCGAAGACCUUCAACGGGCCUGUGAAGCUCUUCGUGAGGGAAUUACGGCGCAUCGGAAAAGAAGAAGAGUGAUGUUCGAAGAGCUGGUGACCUUCCAAGCCGAAGCCGGCACAAGUGGAAGAAUGGGAGAGUAUCGACGGCUAAUAGGUGCAGGUUGUGGUGGUGUCCCUCCUAGCGAGGUGGAUCAAGUCCUUGGGAUGUUGCUCGAGACACUGGAGGCAGAAGAGCCAAGUUCAUCUUCAAUAACGUGGAGCGGCACAAGACCAGUUCCUGUCGGGUGA